AACUGUUGCCACUUUCUUCCGGUGAACGAAACAACAACAUUGCUGAAGAGAUGGCAGAGAUCGGGGAAGACGAGCUCAAAAAGCUCGAAUAUUUGUCUUUGGUGUCUAAAGUUUGUACCGAACUUGACAACCAUUUAGGAAUCAACGAUAAGGACCUUGCUGAGUUUGUAAUCAGUCUUGCUGAGAAACAUCCAACCAUUGAUGGAUUUAAGUCAGUGCUGGUAAAAAAUGGAGCCGAUUUCUCAGAUUCACUCGUCAGCAAUUUGCUUCGUCUCAUUCAAACCAUGCGUCCUCCUGCAAAAGCAUCUACCAGUAAAGGAUCUCAUCCUGUGGCUAAACCAAAGAAUGAAAAGGACCAGCUGAAAGAGCUGUUUCCAGCUCUGUGCAGACCUGACAAUCCUAAUACUAGGACUAUGCUGGAUGAGGAUGAUGUGAAAGUUGCUGAUGAUGCCAUGAAAGAGUUGGAGAUGUUUAUGCCUAGUGUUAGUGGUACAGAACCUAGCAGCAGUAAACACAGAUCCGAAACCAGCAGCAGCAGUAAGAAGAAGCGGAGGAGCAGAAGCCGCAGUCGGAGCAGAGACAGAGACAGGGAUAGGGAAAGAGACAAAGACAGACGGAGACGCCAUCGCUCUCGCUCCCGUUCCAGAUCUCGCUCCAAUGAGAGAGACAGAAGGAAGCGCAGGAGCCGCUGGCACUCUCGCAGCAGGUCCAGGAGUCCUGCACGGGGAGACCGAGAUAAAGGCUCCGACCGCUGGAAGGACAAACAUGUUGACCGGCCCCCACCGGAGGAGCCAUCUGUGGGGGAUAUCUACAAUGGCAAAGUCACCAGUAUUAUGCAGUUUGGCUGCUUUGUGCAGUUGGAAGGUCUCAGGAAACGCUGGGAAGGCUUGGUCCAUAUUUCUGAGCUCAGAAGAGAAGGUCGGGUAGCAAAUGUGGCAGAUGUGGUCAGCAAAGGUCAAAGGGUCAAAGUCAAGGUGUUGUCCUUCACUGGAUCCAAAACAAGUCUCAGUAUGAAGGACGUUGACCAGGACACUGGUGAAGAUCUUAACCCUAACAGGAGGAGAAAUGUGGGUGGAGAAGGUCAGGAAGAGUCGGCCAUGAGGAAUCCUGACAGACCCACUAACCUCAACCUGGGCCAUGCUCCAGAGGUAGAGGAUGACACAUUGGAACGCAAAAGACUCACCAAGAUAUCCGAUCCGGAGAAGUGGGAAAUCAAACAGAUGAUUGCUGCCAAUGUGUUGUCUAAGGAGGAAUUCCCAGACUUUGAUGAAGAGACAGGAAUUCUGCCUAAAGUUGAUGAUGAGGAGGAUGAGGACUUGGAGAUUGAGCUGGUGGAAGAGGAACCUCCAUUCCUGAGGGGGCACACCAAACAAAGCAUGGACAUGAGUCCUGUCAAGAUUGUCAAGAACCCCGAUGGAUCUCUCUCCCAAGCAGCCAUGAUGCAGAGUGCCCUGGCCAAAGAGCGACGGGAGGUGAAACAGGCCCAGCGGGAGGCUGAAAUGGACUCGAUACCCACGGGCCUUAACAAACACUGGGUGGACCCACUGCCUGACACCGACGGCAGGCAGAUAGCUGCCAACAUGAGGGGCAUAGGUAUGAUGCCCAACGACAUCCCAGAAUGGAAGAAACACGCCUUUGGUGGCAACAAGGCGUCCUAUGGAAAAAAGACUCAACUUUCUAUUCUAGAGCAAAGAGAGAGUCUUCCUAUCUACAAGCUGAAAGAGCAGCUCAUUCAGGCUGUCCAUGACAACCAGAUCCUGAUUGUGAUCGGUGAGACGGGCUCAGGGAAGACCACUCAGAUCACUCAGUACCUGGCUGAGGCUGGAUACACCACACGAGGGAAGAUCGGGUGCACACAACCCAGAAGAGUGGCAGCCAUGUCUGUGGCUAAAAGAGUGUCGGAGGAGUACGGUUGUUGUUUAGGUCAAGAGGUUGGAUACACCAUCCGUUUUGAGGACUGCACAAGUCCCGAGACUGUCAUUAAGUACAUGACGGACGGUAUGCUGUUAAGAGAGUGUCUGAUUGACCCUGAUCUGGGCCAGUAUGCAAUCAUUAUGUUGGAUGAGGCCCAUGAGAGAACCAUUCACACAGACGUGCUCUUUGGCCUGCUCAAGAAGACUGUACAGAAGCGAACUGACAUGAAGCUCAUUGCAAUGGGCAUCAAUGACCUAUUGUCAUUUGAUUUCAUGGAUGCUCCGCCCAUGGAGACGCUCAUCACGGCCAUGGAGCAGCUGUACACUCUAGGAUCGUUGGAUGAUGAAGGUUUGCUCACACGCCUCGGUCGUAGAAUGGCUGAGUUUCCUCUGGAGCCCAUGCUUUGUAAGAUGUUGAUCAUGUCCGUCCAUCUUGGCUGUAGCGAAGAGAUGCUGACCAUAGUGUCAAUGCUCUCAGUACAGAAUGUCUUCUAUAGACCAAAGGACAAACAAGCUCUGGCAGACCAGAAGAAGGCUAAGUUUCACCAGCCUGAGGGGGACCACCUGACUUUGUUGGCUGUCUACAACUCCUGGAAGAACAACAAGUUUUCCAACCCCUGGUGCUACGAAAACUUCAUCCAGGCGCGAUCUCUCCGUCGUGCGCAGGAUAUCCGCAAACAGAUGCUGGGCAUCAUGGAUAGACACAAGCUGGAUGUGGUAUCAUGCGGUAAAGCCACAGUACGUGUACAGAAAGCCAUCUGCAGUGGUUUCUUCCGAAAUGCAGCCAAAAAAGACCCUCAAGAAGGUUACAGGACCCUCAUAGACCAGCAGGUGGUCUACAUCCACCCCUCUAGUGCGUUGUUCAAUCGCCAACCAGAAUGGGUGGUGUAUCAUGAGCUUGUGCUGACCACUAAAGAGUACAUGAGGGAGGUGACCACCAUUGACCCAAGGUGGCUUGUAGAAUUUUCUCCAGCAUUCUUCAAAGUCUCUGAUCCCACACGCCUCAGCAAGCAGAAGAAACAGCAGCGGUUGGAGCCCCUCUACAACCGCUACGAGGAACCAAAUGCCUGGAGAAUAUCCAGAGCCUUCAGACGACGCUAGAACCUUCACACAACGUCCUCAUAGACUGCGAGUGUCCCAUACUGCCGCUGAACAAAACAUCAACUUUGUGGUGUUGGCAGAGUGGAGGAUAAAAUGGACAGAAUCU